AUGGAUCAGUUUCUUCAUAGCAUAUGGAUUGCUGAAGAAAAUCAAGCUACAAACACCCAAGCAGCAAGUGCCACAGCCAAUGGUAACAAUGUUAAUGCAAAACAGAAUCUCUUGUACAAAAGUAAUGCUAAGGGAAUACCCAAGCAGACCAACUUGCCCAGACAAGGUUCUCUUAGUAUUCAGAAAAUAGUGGAUGAAGUGUGGUCUGAUAUUCACAAAGAUCAACAGCAAGAUAUUAAUGACACUUGUGUUCAAAAUCCCAAUACUACUCAGAGAUGGCCGACAUUUGAGGAGAUGGCACUGGAAGAUUUCUUGGUUAAAUCUGGGAGAUUAUGCAGUGGAGUCUAUUUUGUGGCCCUGCCUGUAAUGGGGCUAGGGUGUGGCAAUGGUGGUAAUAAUGCCAGUGGUGCUAAUGUUGCAACGUACCAAGCUCUUCCGCAAAGUGGCGCUGGAAAGCCACCAUGUGACCCUGAAAGUAUGAAAAGGGGUGUCAGGUACACACCACAACCAUCGAUAGACAGUCGAGACGAGCACUACCAGAGGAUUUGGGCGAGUGACGGUACUGGGAAUGGGAUAUUCCCGGUGAAAGAAAAUAAAGAAACAAAGUGA